AUGGACAAGGAAUGGACAAAGUUAAACCCCGCGAGUAAAGAGUAUCAAAGUGGUCUUGAUUUUUUUCUAGAUUAUGCAUACACCAAAGGAAAACCCCGCGGGAAAGAGAUUUCGUGUCCUUGUGCUAAAUGUUACAAUAGCAAAUGGUUAACGAGGAAUGAAUUAAGAAAUCAUUUAACUGCAUUUGGAUUUCAAAAGGGAUAUGAUAUUUGGGUUCAACAUGGGGAGAAGAAACCGAAACCUAGUGAUCUUAAUGAUAAUAAUAUGAAUCAUAAAGAGGAUCAAAUUGAUGAUAUUGAUGGAAUAUUGCAUGAAAGAUUUAGAGAUGUUGUACAAGAAGAAAAUGAAGUGAAUGUAGGCCUCAACGAAGAUGCAAAAAAGUUCUACAAUCUAGUCGAAGAAGCCAAACAAGAUUUGUAUCCAGGUUGCAAAAACUUCUCUAAAUUGUCGUUCACCAUUCGUCUUUAUUUAUUGAAAUGUCUUUACGGUUGGAGCAACGUAUCAUUCAAUGAUCUCUUAGAGUUGUUGAGAGAAGCUAUGCCUUCAUUGAACAUCCCUGAUACGUUCAACAAAACUAAAGGCAUGAUAAGGGACUUAGGGUUGGAUUAUAAAAAGAUUGAUGCUUGCCCUAAUGAUUGCAUGCUAUAUUGGAAAGAUCAAGAGAAUGAUACUUCUUGCCGUGUUUGUGGUGCUCCACGGUGGAAUGAAGAUGUAAAAGGAAAUGAUGAAGUUGAAAAAAAUCAUAAGUCUCAUAAAGUUCCUUCAAAAGUUUUGAGACACUUUCCUUUGGUUCCUUCAAGAUGA